UCAGGUAUGAAUGAAGAGGGCACUGAGGUAACAAUACUUACCUUAAAAAUCUUUCUAUAUUAUGACGCUUUGUUCAAUUUGUAUUCCCUGUCAACGUAGAAAAAAGGAUAUAUAAAUAGACACUACUUAAAUAACAUAUGGACAUUAUCGUCGUUGGUUAUUAAACGUGAUAAGGCAUGAGAUAUCUUGCGCGGUUUAUGAUUUGAUAACAGGAUAAUCAUUCCUUAUGUUUUCGCGUACAUUGUAUUAUAUUUGGUCAAAGUAAUUAAAUACAUGAGUGUAAUUACUUAGAAAUAUCAGCAUGGUUAAUUUAAAAUAUUGAAAAGAAACAGGAUUAUAAAUUUAUUCAACAAAUUGGAACGAGUUUGACGCAUACAUAUGAUAUUAUGUAUCUUUCAAUUAUUUAUGGGGUAACAUAAAAGUGACAAGGAAAGAUAACCAAUUCAGUAUUCAGUAGAAUAAAAGUUUGUAACAGAUUCUAAGAAAUGUCCAGACCAAGUAUUAAAUAUCAAAUUGUUAAGAAAGAUGAUACUUCGUAUUACUUGUCAUCACAAAGUACACAAGAUUACCCAAAUGUACCUAAAAAGGAGCCUUGCAUAGGAGCCUUACAAACAACUGUAAUCAUUUCUAUUUAUUUCGUUUUAUCUGUAGGCCUAACUUUUUAUCAGAAAUGGUUAUUCAAGUCAUACGGAUUUAAUUUUCCUCUGGGAGCAGUAAUAUGUCAUUUGGUUGUCAAAUUUCUACUGUCCGCGUUAAUACGUUGCAUUAGAUUAUGCUGUAAAGGACCGCAAUAUCAUGUAAAACUUACUUGGCAAAAUAUAAUAUGUUCCCUAGCACCACCAGGCAUAGCUAGCGGAUUUGACGUUGCGCUAUCAAAUUGGUCGAUCGCAUUAAUUACCAUAUCUUUAUAUACUAUGACAAAAUCCAGUACCAUAGUUUUUAUACUCGGAUUUUCUCUUAUAUUUAAACUUGAGAAAAAGUCGUGGUCUUUAAUUGCUAUAGUAGCAACAAUAUCAGGAGGCUUAUUUAUGUUUACUUAUAAAUCUACUCAGUUCCACGUACUCGGUUUUACGUUAUGCCUUUUGGCAUCGUUUUCAAGCGGCCUCAGAUGGACCAUGGCUCAAGUCAUAAUGCAAAGAUCUAAAUUGGGUCUAAGAAAUCCAAUUGAUAUGAUGUACUAUAUGCAACCGUGGAUGUUGGUACCUGUAAUACCUAUUACAUUAUGGUUUGAGGGUCCAGAAAUGUACAGUAAUCUUAAGAACAUUAAUUGGAACGAUUCUGAACCAAUUAUUUUAACUGUAGCUGCAGUCAAUUCUGGAGCUAUUUUAGCAUUUGCUAUGGAAGUAACAGAGUUUUUACUUGUCACGUAUACUUCUAGUCUAACACUUUCUGUUACCGGAAUAUUUAAAGAGAUAUGCAUAUUGAUAUUAGCUUUCGAAUUGAAAGGUGAUCAUAUAAGCGGCCUAAAUUUCAUAGGUUUAUUAUUGUGCCUCGGCGGAAUUAUACUUCACGUUAUUCAAAAAGUAUUAUUGAAUAGAAGUAAAGUGAUUGAAAGUUUAGAGCUAAGUGAUAGUUCAUUAACGAGUAACAGCUCUAAAAAGGAAGACGGGAUCGAUGCAAAUUUACCUUUAUUAACGCAAAAAUCUAGUUCCUUAAUUAAUUUAUUAACUACAGAUUUUACUUCAGACGAAGAAGAUGAUAUUAAAACGAAAGAAAAUUCUUCUCAAGUAUUAAAUAAUAUUUUACAACGCAGAGAAUGAAUGUGAAUAAACACGAAUCAGAUUUAAUUUUUCUCUUCCGUGGAUUUGAGUAAUUAAAGAUUAACAUAACAAAUUUCAAUAACGCAAGAAAAACUUGACUCGAUGGAUAUUACGUAUCAUUAUUAAAAAAUUACAAAUAAUAUAAAAAAAGAGAAAAACAAAAGCUUCAAAAAAGCCAAAUACGAUAAUACAAUUUUCAAUCAUUUCUGCUUUUCAUCCAAAUUAAUAUUGCACUAAUAAAAAUUGCACUAAAACAUUCCGUCAAAUUAUUUAUUUAUAGAUAGCGCAAAAAAAUGUUAAGAAGUUUAUUAUUUCACAGUAUAUAGUAGAAUAUAAUUAAUCUGUGAAAAGAUUGAUAUUUAUAUCAUGAGAAACGAAUCGCUGUCAAAGCAUAAAAUGUAAAUUAUCAAUAAAUGACUAUUUAUAAAUAUAAAAAGAUUUAUUCAAC